UGCUAUGGAGACAAACAGCAGCGUCGCUUAACCAUUUUUGUUAUGCCAUUAAAAGUUCAUUUGCACAGAUCUUUCUGCUGAAUCUUCGAGCUGUUAUGUCAACUAUGUUUAGGAUAUAAACAACAAUAUAAACGAUGUCUUCAUGACAUAAUAAAAAAAUGUACAUGCCCUGUUUUUCAAUUUUCCGUCUUUGGAAUUAGCAUACUAAAAUACAUUUUAUCUGGAGGUGCUAUCAUGCCUGUAGCUGAAGGAAGACUUGCUGUUUUACAAAUCUACAAGGUUCUCCAGUGUGUCCGCCAAGAAGAUAAACAUCAGCUGGAAAAACUUGUUAAGUGUGGAAUACCAAAGCUCAUAAAUUAUACUGAACCUCGUGAGGGAGAAAGUGCUCUACAUUUAGCCUCAGUGGCCAACAACAUUGAUAUGUGCAACUUUUUACUUGGCUUAGGAGCUCUGCCAGAUGUGCAAGACAAAUGUGGACGUACUCCUGUAAUGAAAGCUGCAGAGCUAGGUCACGAUCAGAUAGUUGAAGUGUUGGUGAAAGCAAAUGCAGACAUGACUGUUGUGGACAAUGAAGGAAAAGGUAUUUUAUUUUACUGCAUUUCACCUACAAAAAGGCACCUGCGUUGUUUUCAGUUUGCUCUGGAAUAUGGAGCAGAUGUUAAUAACUGCUCACUGAAAGGAAUGCCAGUGUUUUUAUUAGCCUGUAAACAGGCAUCCCUGUGUAAAGAGAUGUGUCUACUAAUGCUAGAAAAAGGAGCAGAUGCAAAUGCAAGAGAUAAGGACACAGAUCACACUGCAUUAAUGGAAGCAGCGAGGGAAGGUGCAGUAGAUGUUGUGCGUUCCAUACUGCAAAGAAAAGGAGAUGUCAAUGCUUUGGAUAAAGGUCGAAAUCAUGCAGCUCAUUUUGCUGCUAAAGGAGGGUUCUUUCAGGUACUCCGGAUAUUAUCGGCAUAUGGUGGCGACCUAGGUAUUAUCAGCAUGGAUGGCAACACACCACUGCAUUAUGCUGCAAAAGGUGGUUUUGCUGAUUGCUGCAAGUUCAUAGCUCAAAGAGGCUGCAAUCCUAAAUUUAAGAACACUGAUGGAAUGACUCCAAGACUUCUUGCAAAAGAGUAUGGUCAAAAGGCUGUUAUGAAAGAAUUAAGAAAGGCAGAGCGUUCCUAUGCCAAGUUUUCAAAGCCAGGAAAUGUAAACCCAAACAAAGCUUGGGCUGUUAGGUUGUAUGACUGGUCUCUAGAAAAUGAAAAUGCUCUUCGUAAUUCGUUUGAAGCAGCUGGUACUGGUGAAGGCACAAUUCUAAAGGAAGAAUUUAUUACAGUGUUGCAGGAGAGGGAAGCACCUGUUACUGGUGAAGAGAUACAGCAAAUCAUUCAAGCACAUGACAAAAGUCGUGAUGGAAAAGUAAAUAUUGAUGAGUUCUUUAAAGGUUCAAAAUACUUGUCAAAACCCUUUCUUAUGUCAUCUUAUGAGUCUAAAAAGAAAGGGAAAAAAGGUAAAAAAGGUAAAAAAGGGAAGGGCAAACUUUCUAUACCCAUGCCGAUAUGUACUGUUCCAGAUAAUUUAAUUUUUCGCCGUGAAAAUGGUGGUCCCCCUCAUUUUAUGAUCGAAAGUUAUGAACAGUUUACAGAUUCUAGUCGAUUUGACAGGGACCGUCCACCAGAACAUCCUCUGCAGGAUGAUUCUGCUUGGUAUCUUGAUCUCCCUGACAAGUCCUACACUAACAUAAAUUUUGUCACUAAAGCAGGUGACAUUGAAUCUUUGAAACGAGCAUUUGCUGAGGGAGUACCUAUUGAUAUCAGAGACACAUUUUAUAAAACUCCACUGAUGGCUGCUUGUGCACAUGGAAACUUGGAAGUUGUAAACUUUCUUAUAUCAAUGGGUGCUGAAAUAAAUGCAUGUGAUAAUUUCAAUUGGACACCUCUUCACCAUGCUUGUCAUGCAGGACAACUGGACAUUGUUCACCUCCUAGUUGAAUCUGGAGCAAAAAUUGAUGCUGUUGCAACAAAUGGGUCUACACCAUUAAUGCGUGCUAUUGAAAGUUGUUCACUAGACUCUGUGCAAUAUCUAAUAAAUGCAGGUGCUAAAGUUCAACUUGAAAAUAAGAAAGAACAAAAUGCUUUGGAAAUUGCAAAAGCCUAUGCUGACUUUAGAAUAAUUGAAGUGGUUAAGACAAAGCUUGAUAGUCUUCCUAAACCAAAGGACAAGAAAAAACAGAAGAGUGUGAAAGCAGCAUCAAAACCAAAAGCUAGCACCACGGCAGCUACAAAAGAUUUUGCAAAAGAAAAGCUACAAAUGAUAACUGCGGGCUCUCCAAUACAGCAACAAGCAGAACAGAAGAAGGACUUACUCAAAGACAGUGUGAUACAUCAAAAUGCUUUAAUAGCUGAAGGAGCAACCAAGAAAAUAGACAUCACCUAUGUGCCAAGAUCGAUUUGGGGUCCUCAGCUAACCACACAAGAUUUAGUUAAAAAGAAAGAAGAGAGAAGAGAACGGUUCUCAUAUGAAGUAGAUUUUGAAGACUUCAUGAUGCCAUUCAAGAAGAAUUUCAUGGCAAAAUCAUUGGCAUUAGGAGGCCCAGAUGCUGAUUAAUGUAAACUUGCUUAAAGGAAAGAAAAUUGCACAAUAACGAUAUUUGACUCAAAACUCGUUUUUCUGUUUUCUGUUUAUAGCUAUAACCUACCUCUUAAUUGUUAUCAUAAUGUAAUGCAAUUAACUAAAUGUUUCUAGUCACACUACCACUUGAGUAUCAGACUCAGAAGAGUCAUAACUGUUACACAAAGUGCUUGACACUCUUUUACCAACAUAUUUUUGAGCAUAGAACUGAUAUGCACAUUCUUCCAAACUCAAACAAGCACUACAUUUUGGCAGUAGAAUUCUUUAAAGAAGAACUUGAGUACAGAAAGACACAGUGCAUUAAGUAAUUAAGACAUUGUUUAUGUUUUUUAAAGCAGUCUUGUAUAUUAGUGUUUUGACUAAAGUUCUAGUAUUGUUACUGUGUUUAUACAUGAUACUCAAACUUCACAAACAAGUAACAAGAUCAAACUCUUUUUGAAGGAAUUUAAGAAGUAUUAAAAUUCUUGGGACGAA